AAAAGAAAAAUACAUGUCGCUGCACUGCGCCCUACGCCCAUGCUGAGAGCUGUACACCCCGGAACAACACCUGCACCUGCGCAUAGCGCCUGUUCAGAAAAAUGGUCAGAUCUGCCAUGUCUCGUUUCCCUAGCAGACUUCAUUCCGACUGGAUAAUCCAACACCUGCCGCUGGCCGUCUUCAGUCAUCGAUUAUUUUCCUUUCUUUUUUCGCGAGUAUCUUCAGUUAUCAAUACAAUGACGUACAGCGGUGUGUGUCAAAGUUUGCGGCUUAUAGUCGCUGCCUCGCUGGCUGCCAGACUUCGCGGUUGACGAUUUCGUAGUACCUUGCACAGUUGCACCAUCUAUAUAUCAACACCCGACUGCUUGCCUCUCCUUCAGAGUUCAGAGCACAAACCACAGGGGCAAUGCGGAGUGCAGUAGUGCUGUACACAUGGUUGGUGAGGGGCCACCUCCACCCCAUGACGCAGCUUGCCAACCACCUCGCCGGCCAUGGCGUUGCCGUCACGGUCGCAGUAGCCGACGUUCCAUCUACAGGCAACUCCUCUGACACCAUUGCCGGCCUCUCAGCCACCUACCCUUCCGUGUCCUUCCACCUACUCCAGCCAACAGCGAGCCGUUCCGCUGACACGGCCGAUCCCGAUCCCGACGCCGAUCCGUUCAUCACCCUUAUCGCCGACCUCCGCGCCACCAACCCCGCCCUUCUCGCCUUCCUGAGGUCCCUCGCGUCCGUCAAGGUUCUCGUCGCCGAUUUCUUCUGCGCGUACGGGCUGAACGCCGCCACACAGAUCGGCGUCCCGGGCUACUUGUUCUUCACCUCCGGGGCGUCAGUCCUUGCUGCCUACUUGCACAUCCCCGUCAUGCGCUCCGCCGCCUCCUUCGGGGACAUGGGGCGCUCCUUGCUGCAUUUCCCUGGAGUCCACCCAAUUCCGGCGUCCGAUUUGCCGGAAGUCCUGCUUAAUCGCGACAACAGUCAGUACAGGACAACUCUUGGUCUCUUCGAGCAGCUGCCCAGAGCGAAGGGCAUAUUGUCGAACACCUUCGAGUGGCUGGAGCCCCGGGCCGUUAAGGCCAUAAAAGACGGGACUCCCCGCGCCGGCGAGCCAGUGCCGAGAUUAUUCUGCGUCGGCCCAUUGGUUGGCGAGGAGAGGGGGUGCCGCGCGAAGCACCAAUGCCUAAGGUGGCUUGACAAGCAGCCGGCGCGGAGCGUGGUAUUCCUCUGCUUCGGGAGCGCGAGCUCGGUGCCGGUGGAGCAGCUAAAUGAGAUCGCCGUUGGACUGGAGAAGAGCGGGCACGCAUUCCUCUGGGCCGUGCGCGCGCCCGUCGCGCCAGAUGCUGACUCGACGAAGCGGUUCGAGGGGCGGGGCGAGGCAACGUUGGAACAGCUGCUCCCGGAGGGGUUCUUGGACAGGACGCGAGGACGAGGAAUGGUGGUGUCGUCGUGGGCGCCGCAGGUGGAGGUGCUCCGGCACCCGGCGAGCGGCGCGUUCGUGACGCACUGCGGCUGGAACUCGACGCUCGAAGCGGUUACGGCGGGGGUGCCUAUGGUGUGUUGGCCGAUGUACGCGGAGCAGAGGAUGAACAAGGUGUUCGUCGUGGAGGUGAUGAAACUCGGCGUGGUCAUGGAUGGCUACAAUGAGGGGAUGGUGAAGGCGGAGGAGGUGGAGGCGAAGGUGAGACAGGUCAUGGAGUCCGAGCAAGGAAAAGAGAUGAGGAAGCGGAUGACGCUGGCGCAAGAGAUGGCCGCCGAUGCGCUGGAGAUCGGUGGAUCGUCAACGAGAGCAUUAGUUGACUUCCUGGAUACUCUGAAGAUUUCGAUGCUCGAUUGAGCCGUCGACGCUGCUCCUUCAUUUUAAUUUUUUUUUGAGAAACAUAUUUGUGGCCCGCGUAAUCGGAUUGGUCAUUUGUGGGCAAUCAGUCAGUGGUGUCCAGCCCAAGCGUGAGGCGACAUUGGCCUUCUCAAAAGAAAAAGGAAAUCAAGUUGGUUCCUCUACGGAGGCCACUUUAUCUCGAAAUUUGCAUUCGGUGAAAAUUUGAGGACAUUUAAUCUCA